AAUGAAUACAGAAAGUGUUGGUCUUGAGAAUUUGCCUCAAAGAUGCAAUUUUUGCUGUUGAGAUGAAAACUCUAUAGGCAGUGAACAUGCAUGUUGUGCCAGGCAUAUAGUCAAAUGCUGAUGGGCUUCCGGAGAUAAAAAGCAUUAAUUUGGAUGGAAUAAGUUUAACAGACAGCAUUGAAUAGUUGAGUGAGCUGUCUCCUCUGAAAGUUCCUGUGCAAUUUCUGAUAAUGUUGUUUUCCAGAGGAGUGAAAGGUUUGGUGGACAGUCACUACCUAUUCUUGGAGGAGGUGGAGCUGGAUGGGGGAGAAAAAGAAAUUUCUGAUGUAGGACUUGAGCAACUUUCACGCUGCAAGCAGUUGAAACAUCUCGGCAUCUCCUUCUGUGAAUGUCUAACUGAUCAGUCUUUAGAAUAUCUAAAGGAAUUAAAGAAUUUGGUCUAUCUAAGAUUAAGUAAAGGCAGAGACUUUUCCUCUGACGGGCUGUCUAGUUUUUUCAAAGAAGCUUCAUUAUCAAAACUGCGGGUCUUGAAUCUGUCUGAGUGUAUUGAAGUCAAUGAUCAAGUUGUGUCUGACAUGUUACAAGCGUGUGGCAGCCACUUGAAGGAGCUGUCUCUGAGCUGGUGUGAUUCCAUCACAGACACAGGACUUAUCUCUAUAGUGGAUCACUGCUGCAACAUGGAGAAUCUGGAUCUUUCAGGUAUAGGUAGUAUCUAUGGCGAAUGUUUGUUGAGAGUUCCAGAGGAAAUGACAAAACUCAAGUUCCUUGAUCUCAGACUGUGCAGACAGAUACUGGAUAAUCUCAUUGAUGAUAUUGUUCAGCGGAAGAAGGAUUUGAAGAUUGAGCAAACAUGCAAAAAUGAAUACUUGUUUCUAAUGUUGUGUACCUAAUAGUGAAAAUAUAAGAUCUGGUUGAAAUGAGCGAAUGAUAUUUGAUCUUACAUGUGAAACUAAUUUUUAUGCCCCCCAAGGGAGGCAUAUAGUUUUUGAACCGUCUGUCAGUCUGUCGGUCUGUCAGUCUGUCCACAAUUUUCGUGUCCGGUCCAUAUCUUUGUCAUUGAUGGAUGGAUUUUCAAAUAACUUGGCAUGAAUGUGUACCACAGUAAGACGACGUGUCGCGCGCAAGACCCAGGUCCGUAGCUCAAAGGUCAAGGUCACACUUAGACAUUAAAGGAUAGUGCAUUGAUGGGCGUGUCCGGUCCAUAUCUUUGUCAUCGAUGGAUGGAUUUUCAAAUAACUUGGCAUGAAUGUGUACCACAGUAAGACGACGUGUCGCGCACAAGACCCAGGUCCGUAGCUCAAAGGUCAAGGUCACACUUAGACAUUAAAGGAUAGUGCAUUGAUGGGCGUGUCCGGUCCAUAUUUUUAUCAUCGAUGGAUAGAUUUUCAAAUAACUUGGCAUGAAUGUGUACCACAGUAAGACGACGUGUCGCGCGCAAGACCCAGGUCCGUAGCUCAAAGGUCAAGGUCACACUUAGACUUUAAAGGAUAGUGCAUUGAUGGGCGUGUCCGGUCCAUAUCUUUGUCAACCAUGGAUGGAUUUUCAAAUAACUUGGCAUGAAUGUGUACCACAGUAAGACGAUGUGUCGCGCGCAAGACCCAGGUCCAUAGCUCAAAGGUCUAGGUCACACUUAGACGCUAAAGGUCAUUUUUCAUGAUAGUGCGUUGAUGGGCGUGUCCGGUCCAUAUCUUUGUCAUUCAUGCAUGGAUUUUAAAAUAACUAUGCAUGAAUGUGUGACACAGUAAGACGACGUGUCGCGCGCAAGACCCAGCUCCGUAGGUCAAAGGUCCUAAACUCUAACAUCGCCCAUAAUUACUCAUUCAAAGUGCCAUCGGGGGCAUAUGUCAUCCUAUGGAGACAGCUCUUGUUUUUUCUAUUCCGUGUUUUUCAGUAUUUUUGACAAUAUUUUGUAUAUUUUUUAUUUAUCACCCAGUGUACAACAUACUUUGAAAGAAUGGUUGCUGAGCAUCAAUGGCACUAGCACCACGAUGGACUGAAGGAAUUAAUGUGGUUCUCUGUAUACUGUAUGUUCGGAUUGCUCAAAACCUUAGACAACCCCAGCAUUUUUUCUUGUCCCUGAGUGACUUUGAGGAAUCACUGUCUUGCCUGAUUUGAAACUUUUCACUGUCUAUUGACGCAACAAAGAAAAUCCAUGAAAAUUAGAACCCAAGGAUAACUUACAAUUUUACAAUAGGCUAACAAAUAAAUUGAAAGUAAUAUUAUAAAUUGGAAAGAAUAACUUACACUUACGGGGAAGAAUUUGUGCAUGACUAGAUAUCCGUAUUUAUAAACAUGAAAAUAUGAUCUGGAGUGCUUCAUGAAUUUUGUAAUCCUUUGGUUCUUCCAGAAUAUGUGUUAGCAUGGAAAUCUUUCAUUAGUUCUUCCUAGACAAAGUCCUUCCUUUCUUGUUUGAGAUGGAAAUCCUUUAUUUGGUCAUCGAGAACAUGCAUUGACAUGGAAGUUCUUCCCUUUGGUUAUCAACUAGGAACUUCUUCAUGAAACUUUAUUGAGAUGGAAGCCCUUCCGUUUUUAUACGCCCGUUGGAAAAACGGAAAUAUUAUGGGAAAGCCGCAGGCGGGCGGCGUCCACAGACUUUGUCCGGAGCAUAUCUUCUACAUGCAUGGAGGGAUUUUGAUGAAACUUGGCACAGUUGUUAACCAUCAUGAGACGGAGUGUCAUGCGCAAGAACCAGGUCCUAGGUCUAAGGUCAAGGUCAUACUUAGAGGUCAACGGUCAAAUUCAAGAAUGACUUUUUCCCGAGCAUGUCUUCUUCAUGCAUGCAUGGAGGGAUUAUGAUGAAAGUUGGCACAAUUGUUCAUCAUCAUGAGACGGAGUGUCAUGCGCAAGAACCAGGUCCCUAGGUCUAAGGUCAAGGUCACACUUAGAGGUCAAAGGGUACAAGAAAGAAAACUUUGUCCAGAGCAUAUCUUCUUCAUGCAUGGAAGGAUUUUGAUAUAGCUUAGUGCAAAUGUUCACCACCACGAGGCGGAGUGUCAUGCGCAAGAACUAGGUCCCUAGGUCUAAGGUCAAGGUCACACUUAGAGGUCAAAGGGUACAAGAAUGAAAACCUUGUCCGGAGCAUUUUUUCUUCAUGCAUAGAGGGAUUUUGAUAUAACUUGGCACAAAUGUUCACCACCUCAAGACAGAGUGUCAUGCGCAAGAACCAGGUCCCUAGGUCUACAGUCAAGGUCACACUUAAAGGCAAAAGGUCAGAUACAAGUAUGACUUUGUUCGGAGCAUUUCUUCUUCAUGCAUGGAGGGAUUUUGAUGUAACUUGGCACAAUUAUACACCAUCUUGAGACAAAGUGUCAUGCGCAGUUCCCUUCUUUAUAAUUACUUCCCUUUGUUGUUACUAUAAAUAGAUUAUAUUAUAACUUUUUCAUUUCUAGUCGUAGGGAAAAAUCGAGACCACUUUUCUGUAGUACAACAUGCAAGCUACAUCCAAUUUUGAGGUGUAUUUUGACCAAUCUCUACCUUGUAAAGAUUUUUGUGAGGACUUACAAUUUUUUUUGGGAUUUUUUUUUUAUGGGAUUUUUUUUUUGAAGAUUAACUUCCCGUAAUUGUUGCUAUAAAUAGCUUAUAUUGUAGGGAUAAUACACGUUUUUUU